AUGGAAAUAAUCCUCUGCGACGAGCUCCUCCAAGAAAUUUUCCACCGCAUCCCUCCUCCGUCGUCCUCCGCCGUCUCCCUCGUCUCGAAACGCUGGCUCCGUCUUUUCCGAUCAUCUCUCUCCGCCCUCUCCCUCCGCCUCUCCCCCAACCAUGCUUCUUUCUCCACCCUCUCCUCCUUCCUUUCUCAUCACACCUACCUCUCUUCCCUUUCCCUUUCCUCCUCCUCCUCGGCCCCCGCCGCCGCCGCCGCCGCCGCCACAUCCUUCUCCGACAGCCUCCUCAUCUCCAUCUCCGCCACCUGUCCUAACAUCACGCGCCUCCACCUCGCCACUGGCCCCGUCUCUUUGUUACCUUUGCUUUCUCUCUCCACCGCAUGCCCUCACCUCUCAUCGCUUUCUCUUAUCCUCUCCAGAAAUCGUCUCUCCUUUCAUUUCCUAUCGUCUUUUCGAGCUCUGAAAUCACUAACCGUAGUUCUCGUCGGAAACGUCUCGCCGGAAUCUUCACCCGAUCACUAUCCAUCUUCAGCUGAAUUGCAGUUACAAUCCCUCUGUUUAUCGGGAAUUCGCGCCGGUGAUUACCAGCUCAACUGGUUAUGGAGGAAUUGCAGUUACAAAACACUAACGAAGCUCGUUUUCGAGAACUGUGAUGGCGUUGGCGAUAAUUAUUCAUUUUCCUGCUUCAUGAAAGAAUUGAAGAACCUUCACGAACUCGAAUUGAAGACUUGUAGAUCAAUCGUUAGCUUGAUUCUGAUCAAAUUAGCCGAGAAUCAUUGUAAUUAUCUGGAAUCGUUGUUAAUUUACGAUGGCGGUAGCAAAGACGGUUUGCUUCAUUUCAUCCGCGAAACCCGAUGUAAUCUCCAAAAACUCGACCUCCGUUUACCUCUCGAUUUAGACGACAAUCACUUGUUCGAAAUCGGUGCAAAAUUCAACCGAUUACGAGUUCUACGAUUGCAAAGCUGUUCAAUGGUUACCGGUGAAGGAUUCAAAUCGCUAGGGUUAGCUUUGAGUGAAAACCUCGAAGAAUUAUCUCUCACAAACUGCGAUGUGAUCAACAGACACAAUGGAUUCCUGGUUGAAUUAGCUCAGAAUUUAAAAAACGUCAAAAUACUGGAUUUGUCCUAUAAUCAUAUGUUGCUUGAUAAAGAAUUUGCAUCGAUGAUCAGUUCAUAUUGUGAUCUUCGAAAAUUGAAACUAAGAGGUUGCAGUAAACUAACCAAUUCAUCGCUGAUUUCGUUGUGCAAGAACUGUAAGCAUUUGGAAAGCAUCGAUCUGCUUUACUGCCAUGGAUUUCAGAUUGAAGGUGUUGAAUUCCUGAUCCUGAAUUCUCCAGAAUUAAGAAAGUUGCAGGUUGAAGAUCGUAAGUUAUCUGAAGUUGCUAGAAGAUGGAUGACGAAUAAGUUCAUCGAAAUCCAACCCUAAUUGAACAACAGGUACUCUUAACAAUUGGAUUGGAAUUCCUAAAUGUAUAUAUGAUUUAUUGGGUGUGUUUUUAUACGAAUCUUUGGGUUGUAUUCAUGAAUAAGAAUGGAUAUUUGUGUUUUUGUAAAGGU